UAGGAGAUUUAUUAUAUGUGUUAUUAAAUGAUAAAUUCGAAUAUUCGCCAGUUAUAAAUAUAACAAUUGAAAUAAAAAAAGGUUAUUAUGCUCCAUUAACAAUGAAAGGUACAUUAUUAGUCAAUAAUGUCUUAGCAAGUUGUUUCGCAUAUGCUAAAAAUCAUCAUUUAGCACAAUUUUAUAUGUUUCCUUUUCGUUUUUAUUAUAAAUUAACUCGAUUAUUUUAUAUAAAUGAUCCAUUUAAUAAUAACAAAUCAGAAGGUUUACAUUGGAUAAUUGCAAUUAUGUUCAAUUUUGCACGUUAUUUUAGAGCAGAUACACUUAUUUCAUAA